AUGGAAGACAAAUCAAUUUAUCUCCCUGACAAUGUUCAGAUGGAUAAAAUGAACAAUUUUAAACUUUUAGAGAAGAAAUAUCGUUUUUAUUAAGGAGUAAAAACUGAUUUUUCAGGUGUUAUAGAUUUCAAUGAUCCAAAAGUUGAUUUAGCCAAACAUAAUAUCACUUAAAUAGAAAUGAAGGGAUUUAGGGCAUAUAAAUUAGGUUUUCCUAGCGGAGUCUAUGUAAUUAAGAAUGCUUUGUCAAUAUAAAAAUAGUUAGAAGUAGUAAUUUAAUGCAUGAAUACUUAUGUAAAAAGACCAUAUAGAACUAAUUUAUUCAUUUACGAAGAUAAUCCAGAUUGGAAACAAACUUAUGACCCAUCAAAAACAAAGGAAGGCAAAAAAGAAGACGAAGGGAUGGAGCCAGAAAAAACAGAAGAAGCAAAAAUAGAGUAAGAAGAAUCAAAAAAAGAGGAUUUAGAUACUUCCAAGACUGACAGCAUGUACAGUACUAAAAGCAAAACUUCAAAAGAAUACAGUCUUGAUAAAUUUUUGACUAAUGAUUAUAAGAAAUUCCACUUCAAUAAGAAAAUUAGAUGGUCAAAUGUUGGAGCUUAAUAUGACUGGGAUAAUCGUCUUUACCCUUCUUUCACCACACCUAUGCCCGAUAUUAUUAAUGAACUAGCCGAAUUUGCUAAAAAUGUUGUCUCAGAUGAAAUUACUGAUGUUUAUGAUUAUGAACCAGAAGCAGUGAUAGUUAAUUACUAUGAUAAAAAGAAUUAUAUGAGUGGACAUUUAGAUGAUGGUGAAAAGGAUUAGAAAUCUCCUAUAUUCAGUUUUACUUUUGGCUGUUCUUGCAUAUUCUUAAUGGGUGAUAGAACUAAAGAUUUUACACCUUUACCCCUUCGUUUAGAUGCAGGUGAUUUAAUGAUAAUGAGUGGUUAUUCUAGAAACUGUUACCACGGAGUUCCUAGAAUUUUCCCUGGAUCAUUCCCGAAAGAAGAAUUUGAAAAAUAUGUAAGAGAACUUUAUCCUCACCUUUAUGAUAAUGAAGAAAUUAAUAAGAAUAAAGAUUUGAAAUUCUUUGAAAAUAAUUAUAGACAUGCAAUCAAUUAUCUUUAAGACAGUCGUAUCAAUUUAAAUUUCCGUCAAGUAGAAAAAAAGGUAUAAUAAAACCAUGAAAAUUAGUAAUAUCUUCAAGAAUAAUAAUAAAAACAACAGUAAUAAUGA